AUGUACUGUUCCGUAUGCCAGCAACCAUGGCAAAACGUGAUCGACCAGUCCUAUGUACACGGCUCGAAGCAGACGGUACAGGCGGACCAAGGCCAGUAUCAGCAGUCACCAUGGCAGCAGCAUCAACAACAAGACUGGCAAGCGCACUGGCAGUCGACAUCUUCGAGAGGAAGGACACCUUCUCCGAGGCAAAGACAACGGCCAAAGAGCGUCAAAGGCAACAAGACCCCCAAACAGAACCAGCCGCAGCAGAUGCAGGCUCCGCCCAUGAUGAUGCCGGCUGUUCCCAUGGGGCAGAUUGCACCGAUGCCUGUCAUGUUCCCCCAGCAGGCAAUGCAGUAUCCAAUGCAAGGGACAAUGCCUCCAUUGCCCCCACCAGAUGCAGCAUGGCAACCGCCUGCCAAUCCCAAUUUGGCGAAAAUGCCAGCUCCAGUUCCUGCUGCACUACAUCCGAUGGCUAUGCCUUUUACCCCCACGAUGCCAGCACCGCCAAUGCCAAAAAUGCCGGCGACACCGAUGACAUCAAGUUCCGACACCGAUGCCGAGGUCAGAGGGCUGAUGACCAUGAUGAGGGGAAGACAAUCCGAGCUACCAGAGGAUAUGCAAAAGAAGGUCCAAAAGGUUUUGACCAAAUUUGGACAGCAAUCAUCCACGGAUUUGCAUGCAGCCGUCACUGCUCUGGACACUGCACGACAGAACUACGACGAGGCUGUCACAGCCCGGAAUCAACACCACAACAUGUGGAAGAAGUUCCUAUCGGACGCUGUCCAGUUGUGGCAGACGUAUGCACAGCAAUUCAUGGAGCAGGAGAAGAAGCUGCAAGAGCAAGUGCGCACUUCCAAGGAUGCAUUGCUCUCCGCCAAGAAGGACCUCGAGAAUUCCAAGCUGGCAAAGAUUGGCACUGGCGACGUGCAGAAUAUCACCUCGGACGAGGAGACGGAGGAUCCAGAUUCUACGAGCGCGGCCCAAGCUGCCACCAAGAUCACGGAAACGAUGGAGGGUCUGGCCAGUUCUUUGCAGUCCCUACAUCAAGAAGCCGAAGCUAUGGUGGCGGAAGAAGCUCACGCUGCCAAGAGGCCAAGAACCACGCCAAAAGCAGAAGACGCUGCAAUGGAAGAUCCAAAGCAUGGGUCGCAUUUUGGCAAGGAGCGCAACUUUCUCAAUGAGUGGGCAGCUAUUGAAGAAGCGCGUUGCCUGGCCUUUGAUAUUGGGACCUAUAACGGCAUUGUGAUCGAGGAGUUCAACUCUCGCAAGCGAUUGAAGUCACCUACAAGCUCUGUAUCACCGGCCAGGGGAUUGGGUUUUGCUCCUGAUGUCGACGUUCUGAUCGGACUUGAGGAUGAAUUGGUCAUGUACAAGACUGUUGUUCCCGAGAUCAGUCUUUGCAAAGGACUCAUGCCAUGGAGGACAGGCCUUCAGCGCGGCGGCAGUUUUUCCCAUCAGCCACCGAAUGACGUUGAUUUUGAGUGGACUCGACAGAAUCCUCUACCAAUGAAAUGCCCUGCGUCAUCCACAAGCGACCGCACGGGCCACAUUGAUCAAGAUCGACCCUCAGGAGAUAUGAGCCUGCCUCAUGCCAGUGGAACACAGCGACCAACAGAGACACCUUCGUGGCAACAGGAACUUCUCACACUCCUGGAGCAAGAAGGACAAAUCGAUUUGGAUGAGGAUGACUUUGUAGUGUAUGCAAGUUCAUUCUUCAUUGAUCAUCUACGACUCCAAUUCCACAACGAACCUCGCGUCCUACGAUUUGAUGCCGAUUAUCAAGAUUGGGACAGCACCACACGGUUCAUAUGGGAAGAUCUUGCAGAUCCCAAUUUGCCGCUGGAGAUUGUCAUCGUCAAGCCAGAUCCUCCAAGAUUUCCCUUCCCGGGCACCAGUGCGACAGUAAUAGUCCACCAGAACCUCAGACCAGAACGUGCCGCAUGCCUCAUCACGACGGUACGCAUUCAGGAUCCUGAGACUAUUUUCCAGCACACAGCGCACUCUGUUGAGAGACUUUUGAUGCCCGCACGAGCUCUGCAGUUAGCUGGUGUUGAACAACUCUGCCAACAACGAGAAGCACAAGGUUUUGGACCCUGUACACUACACAUUGGACAUCAAGUCCUGCCGAUGGACCAGGACAUUGACAUCCACCAUGGUUUGGGUCUACACAUCAGGAUUCCCUCGACGCUAUCUCAAGAGGAGGCGGAACAAAAUUUGGUUCGUCGACUUCAACAGCAACGACGUAACAGGGAAGGAGAUCACUGGGAUCCGGCGCCUGGAGAUGAUGAACCCGAGGCUGGGCACCCUCCACGCUCGAGGCCGCGCCAUGCGGCACCAGACAAUGAGCCGCCAGAGGAUGCUAUCUCCCUCAUGGGCAGACGACCGGUCAGGCUUCCAUGGAACGACUAUGACCAGAUCGUGGUACAAGCCGCAAUCGCACUUUCUCUGGAGAAGACAGCAGUCCUGCGUGUACAAGCAGUGCUUCAACGCCCAAUUGACUAUGUCCAGGCAUGCUACCUGUGGCGCAAUAACAUUCUCAUUGAGGAGCAUGCGGCCACACCGAUGCAUAUUGCUGAUGGUGACUACAUAAAAGUCUUUGUGGGCGAGCUGGCUGAGCAGGACACCUGCCUCUCAGACAUCGACCUUGAGCAGAAUGACACAGAUAGCGCAAGGUCAAUCUCAGAAGAGGAAGAGACACACAGCCUCUUUCAAAGGAAUGCUGUACAAAUGCAACGCGCUUGCCAAACAGUCCUCCGACAGUUUGAGCCAUGGACCUUACGCACAGCACCAGAGCACAUCGUUGCUGGUAGCUUCUCCCGAGCUCUACGUCCUCCACAGACACCUGAACUACGCAUUCAGAUUCAAAGUGGAUUCCAUCGUGGUGAUGGCCAAAGACUGCUCAACACCUUCGAACAGGAAUCCUUUGUUGAGUGCACUGAGGAGGGACCAGUGGCGUACAUCGACACGUGGUAUGUACAUCAUCAACGACAACCACACUGCAGAAGAGCACGACCUUUCCGACUCCAAGGUGAUGUCGCCACAUGGAAGGAUGAGAUCUUGGAACUGUGGUCGGACACGAUCGAUCCUGAUCUGGCAACCACCGUACAUGUUGUGAGGCCUACACCGCCAUGUGCGAUGACAGAAUGUGUGAUGGCACAUCUGAUCUUGGAGCAGUCAGAAAGGCCACAGUUCACGGUCGGGCUCAUCACAGUCUAUGUAUCGGAUGGACGCAGAGACAGCACUGAACAUGCCGCAUACUCACUGCCAGAUAUGAUGACUGCACAAAUGGUGUUGCGUUUUGCGGACAUGCAACUGACCUGCCAAACAAGGCUAUGCUCAGUAUCCAUUGGCGGCAUCCCCUUUGCUCACCAUGAUUGGGAAGAAGUUCCGCGUGCUACUGGUCUUACCAUUAGCAUUCGACCUGCCUUCCAAUUUACUGAAGAGUCUGACCACAUGGACCUGAUGCAAAGAUCUCGUACAAGAUGGAGACGAUCACCUAUGCCACAGGAUGGUGUCGAUCUCUCUUCAGCGCCGGCCAGAUGUGAACAGCGUCCCUUUGUAUUCAACCCUGCUGCGCCAGUCUUUGACCCAGGAGCUCCAAACCCUCAGACAAUGUCUGAAGACAUACAGGAACUACACCAGCACUGGCUCAGGCACAUUUGGCGAGAUCUUGUGGAUCCCACGGCAGAGUUGACGUUUCAAGUGGUGACGCCCACGCCUGUCAACACGGAUGCAGAGACAGCCGCACAUGUCAUUCUGAUUCAACGGCCACAUGCUGUUUUUGCCACCAUCUUGACGACUGUCAUUGAUCGAAGCCAGCCACCAGGGAGCGUCAUCAUGAGUGAUGAGGCCGAGACCGUGGAAGACACAGAGAUCAUCUUUAUUCACUGGCCACCGCAAUAUCAGCGAUCAGUUCCACUACCAGCCUUCAUUGAGGCGCCACGCUGUGGGACUGACCAACAAAUUCUGCAAGAGUUGCGAUGUUGGGGAUAUGAAGGACAGGUCAUCAGAUGUGGACAACAUGAUGCGGUCUACUUCUGUCCGAAGGAUGCAUCUCCAGAGAUCGUACACAUCUAUUGCAAUCAAGAGGUCAAGGAAAAAGAUGGCAUCCAUGUAGUGUCAGGAGCACCAGCACAAGAUGACUUGGUGCAUAUGAAGUUCCUCUAUGCCAAAGGAUUUCACAAAGCAGUGAUUGUCCAACGAGACACUGUCCUGCCUUCUGUGACUAUCCUCUACUUCAGGAAUGUCGAACCGCAACAUGAGGACAAUGCUCGACCAAAAAGAGAACCAACACCAUGGCCACAGCCACAACCUCUUCAGUACAACAUUACCAAGCCCUACAUCAAAGGCAGUGAAUCUGCACGGCAGUCAGACUAUGUGCUUGCGUUUGACAGGGAGGAAUUGCACGCCUUCUUCAAUGCACCACCGAUUGCACUGGUCACAGACAUUACGCCCUAUGAUGUUCCUGACUUCAUUUGUGAGGCCAUUGCAAGGUGUAAGCCUCUAGAUCGACAUGACCGCCUUGUCAUAUAUACAGAUGGAUCCUCGCAAAGCAGACGUAGACACUGUUCGCCCAUCUGGACCGAUCUACAUGAUGUCAGCGACUCUUGGUGCUUUGCUGUCUUUGCGGAGCAGUACGCAGAUGAUGGUCCAGGACAUAGCCCUCAUCUUGAGUUCAUUGGCUUGACUUGUCAGCAGAUCUUGUACGAACCUGACAGACCUCAUCAUGCUGGGACAGAUCACACCGGUUCCGAUGCGGCAGAAACAGAAGCCCUCCUAUGGAGCGCACUCUGGCGCCUUGCGCAAAACCAUCGUCUGCCGACGGUCUUUGUCUCUGAUUCCCAACUUGUGGGAGGACAAGCCAUAGGCAAGACAGGCACGAAGAUGUUGACAAAGCCCUUCUGCCACCUCCGAGCUGCGUUCCAGGCGCUGGAGGCAAUGCUGCCAGGGGAACAGUUGAAAGUGGUUCAUACACGCAGCCAUGCCGGGGAGCCUUACAACGAGCUGGUCGAUCAUUUUGCGAAAAGAGAGGCCAAGCAAAGCCUGUAUUUGCCUCGGCAAUCAGUCAAUCUCAGGACCUUUGACCGCAUCCUGUCAAUCUUAUGGAUGAUUUUGUCCCAGGAUGGCGAUGUGCCAAAGCAAUGUGCAGAGGGGUUGGCAAUCACACCGCCACAGCUCCCUUCAGAGCAACCGAUGCCAUCGGCAUCCCUCACUAUCAUGACAGGAGCUGAACAUCACAAGAUCCAUAUUGCGCUCAGCUUUGCUACGGCAAAUGUCCGAACCUUUUACAAAGGAGAUGAAGGAGUGCCUGGCAAGCUUCACUAUGUCAGGGCACAGUUCAAGCAUUUGCAUCUUCACUUCUUGGGCCUUCAAGAAACCCGCACAUCGCGAUGCUCCUCUACUGCUGACGGUGUUUACCGGUUAGCUAGCGGGGACCACCAAGGCCAACAAGGAGUUGAACUAUGGAUCAACAUGGAGCAACCCUAUGGCUGGCGGAAUGGUAAAGCUCUGUACUUCAAAGUGUCACACUUUGUAGUGACAUACACUGACCCUCGCUUCAUCGUCGUCCAUGUGCGCAAUGAACAACUCGACUUUUGGAUAGCAGUCGUGUAUGCACCGCAAAGUGGAAUUGCUUUGACCGAACGGACUGAGUGGUGGGCCCGAUUCACAGAACAGCUCAAGGCUGAAACAGAAGGCCAUGAUUUGGUUCUCAUGAUUGACGCCAAUGCAGCCACUGGAGCCACAGAUGGGGAGCAUGUCUUCAUUCAGGAUGACAAAGUGAACAAGCGACACGGACGUGCCCCGCCACCGAUAUUGGGCAUCGCAUUGACUAUGUCGCAUUGCCUAUUACCUGGCAGUCCUCGUGCACCAUAUCAAGAACGAUACCUGAACUUGAUUUUGGACACGUUGGAGAUCAUACAGCAGUUGGAGUCGAAGUUCAAUGGCGACAAUUCUCCGCCCCAACACAUCGACAGGGACGACGAGGCGUACAAUUUGAUCGCCAAGCCAUUGCGGGUCAAUCAUUACAUUUGUACCUCGCAGACUAUGUCCCCCUCGAUUGGCAGGCUGAUAUUGAGAAUCAGGUACAUCAUUGCAAUGCACAUCUACAUCAGGUUCUACGCAAACAUUGCCCCAAGCAAGGGCAUAGACCAAAGAAGCAGUUUAUCACAGAGGAGAUCUGGCAACUCCGAACGCUCAAACUCCGAGAAGGAAGACAAGUACGACAUCUUCGACGUCUCCAACUUCGAGAAGUUUUGGCGCACACAUUUGCAGCCUGGAGGUCGCAGCAGAGAGAGCAACCUUCGAAUUGCUUCUACGUUCCUGCAACAACUCAAACCCAUCAUUGGACCGACCAAUCUCCGACACAAAAGAGAGACGCCCUUGCCCAUUGUGAAAGAUGAUGAUGGCAACCCUUGUCGCACACAUCAAGAACUUGUCGACAGAUGGGUCAAUUUCUUUGGGGCAAUGGAAGGAGGCACCCGGAUGGACGCUGAUCAGCUUCGAGCGCAGUGGUUAUACAAUCUGGGCACCUUCAUUCCGGACAAGCUUUGCCUACAGCCCGAAGACUUGCCCACCUUGGUCGACACUCUUCAUGGACUGCAUGGACUUCUCAGGGAGCCUGCUGCUACUGCAUGUGCUGGUUUGCAACCGCACUUACAGACUGCGCUCAGGGCAUUGCACACCGACACGCAUUUUUGGAUGUCGGGACAAUGUGAUUAUGUUCGAACGGCGAUUGGCACACGGCCAGGAGAUCCAUUUGCCGACGUCGUAUUUGGCUACAUGUUUGCAAGAAUCCUCAAAGAUGUGGAGGAACAGAUGAGGUCCUUCGAUCUGCUUGAGACCUAUGAUGGCCCCAACACGUUAGGACUUUUCUCCACUGAGCCUGCGGACACUGCCUCGCAACAGUAUUUGGGCCCUACAUGGAUGGAUGACCUUUGUAUCACUCUGUCAGCCUCGACUGCAGAGGACAUCGAACGCCAAGCAGGACAAGCCUGUGGCAUCUUGCUGGACACGUGCCGUCGGCAUGGGGUCUCGCCCAACCUUAGCAAAGGGAAAAGUGAGAUCCUUUUUGCCUUCAGAGGGCCUGGUUCCCGGGCGCACCGCCGAAAAUACUUUGGGCCCAGCCAGUCUGGUCGAAUGACGAUCGUCACUGAACAGGGCGUACAAGAAAUUUCAGUCGUUGGGCAAUAUCAACAUUUAGGCGGACUGGUUCAUCACAGUGGCGAGACUCGCCACGAGAUGCGAAGAAGGGCGGCGCAAGGACAUGCAGCCUUCUCCCAGCACCGCAGGGCAAUCUACCAAAACCAUCAAUUGAACCAGCGGAAGCGAAGUGAGCUCUUCCAGACGUUAGUGGCGAGCAAGGUCCUCUUUGGGAUGGAAUCAUGGACGCUUAUUGACAAGGUCAACAAGCACUAUUUCCACAGCGCCUACAUGCGACUGUAUAGACGCUUGCUGAAGACCCCUCCUGCAGCUUCCUUUUCUGAUGAAGAGAUUCUCACCCAAAUCGGCCUGCCCUCACCAACCACACUUCUGCGUAUUUCGCGCUUGAGGUAUUUGGCUUUGCUCUACAAAUGUGAACAUGUGACGCCUUGGGCUGUGUUCCGCACCGACACAGAAUGGUUGACCCUCAUUCAGGACGACCUCCAAUGGCUUUGGCAUUUGAUUCAAUCAACCACGCAGCUCCCAGAUCCGGCCACUCACUUUGGUGCAUGGGAAAACGUGCUCCGCUACCAUCGUACCUACUGGAAGAGACUCCUACAAAGGGCAUCCCAGCUGGAACUACUGCACUGCGAAGAUCAGGUGCUCUUGCUCAAACUCCAUCGUGAUGCCUUCAGGAUUCUGGAGCACAAGGGCCCCUUUGCACAUCGACCACAGAUUUUUGUGCGAGCCCCUGAUCAAGCAGACGAAGUCUUCGGUUGCAUGUAUUGCUGCAAAAGAUUUCGCAGUCAUGGAGGCGAAGGUAAGGGCUCUGCGGCCAACGAGCGCUUACACAACCUCCAUGAUGGCCUGCUGCCGAUCCUACAAGCCCAAGGACCAAGAGAUGACCGACGCCAACCUCGAGCCGAGGAGAACUAUGACCUCCAGCUCUUCGAGGACUUGGCCACACUAUGCUUCGAACAUCAAGACCAUCCAGACCGUGAUCUACAAGCAGCCCUCACAGCAAAGAUCCAGGAACGCCCCAUUGGUUGGACUGCCACCAGACGCACAUUGCAACACUUUGUGGACAGCCUGACUUGCACAGAUGCCGAUCUGGCCCAGCUGGACUUUGACGAGUGGAAAAGGAUGCUUACAAUGCUUGGAGAUUUUCGUGCGUGGAGCUUCUUACGAGAAGAUCAUCAACAGGAUCCUACUGAACAUGACCUUUCUCUUGAUCAGUAUGAAGACUGGUGCACAGAGCUCCGUGCUUUUGAGACGCCUCGUGCACAAGAUUCGCAAGUCCCACGCAUUCGAUUUCAAGAACGUGUUGUGGUUCAUGCUUACUCGGGGAGGCUCCUGGCGUUUAGUCUGAUCUGUAUGAUGCUCCUUGAGCAGGUGGAUGGAUCAGGCGUGCUGGAACACCCAUCCGAGCCGGCCGACCCGCUGAGCCCAAGCAUUUGGAAGUUACCCUUGAUGAUUCUCUUGCUGCAGCUCCCUGGUUUCGACAAGGUGGUCUUCACACAGGGGCUUCUUGGGGCUGACAGCGCUAAGAGCACUACUUUGCUGACCCUCAACUUGCCGACCCUGCCGAAGCACAUCAGGGCUCAUGCCAUCAGUGCUGAGGUGCCAAAGACCCGCUCGAUUGGACUUGAUCAGAGUGGGCAUUUUCGAACAGCUGUACUCAAAGAGUACCCCCCGGCUCUGUGCAGCGCCAUUGCUGCCAGUUUUGCCGACUUUUUAGGCACUGCCAAGUUGGGGAAGGAGAUUAAGGCUGGAGCCAUCUCCAUGGAUCGCGUACUGUUCAAGGCACCUCUCAAUCUGCCCUGCAGCACUGGGUGA